AUGUUUUUCCCGGUAAGACCAAACAACACCGAUAGGACCAAAAAGCCCAAAUCCUCCUCCAAGAACUGGAAAGAACGUCCCAAGCGUUCGUCCCAACUAUCCCAGGUACGGUCCUCCCGCACGUCAACCAAGGAUCGCGAGCCCGAGCCCGAAGAACCAACGGCUCGCUCCUCCACCUCCGCUUCGACUUCGCACAGUGAACCCCCACGUCGGUCCUCGAUGCCAGGCGUCGACGCCGCAAGCCGAUCGGGGACUGCCUCUUUUCUCGAAUCGAGGUCGAGUUUACCGUAUCCCACUUUUUCCAAAGCCCACAGCAAAGAAGAUGUUCGCACAGCCAAGGGCAAUAAUAUCCCCACACCAGACCCGACCGAUCUUACGGAACAACCAGAGGACGAUGAGAAAGAGAAUGGAACCACGCACCAACGGACCGAUAAUCAUCAUGCCCCCCCUAGUCCACCAUUGACGGGGCUUGAUCAGCCAUCCUCUCGCAAGGGUACACCGGUUGAGGAGCAGGAUGAAAAAGAAAAGAGUUCGGAGAAGCCCAAGUCGAAGAAAACAAACAUCAAAAUCCGGGCGGAUGUGAAUCGUUCGUCUUCUAGUCUUCGAUCUAAAAAGGAUGAGGGGAGCAGGACUAGCAAGACUGUGCGGGCGGAAACCCCACGGUCGAAGUCAUCUAAAACGGAGAAGACUGAAAAGGAAUCAUCGACCCCUCGAGUCAGCCACAAGUCCUCCAAGAUCAAAGUUUCAUCCGAAGAGAAGAAGCUGCCUAAACGAUCCAGCCGAUCUACCAUGUCCCCAUCGCGAUCAAACAUAACAAUCCGAGAUGUAGGCGUUGAAUCGUUGAACGGAUCUGAUGCAACAUCUAUUGCGCCCAAUCAACAGUAUACAGUGCCGCGGAAAACCUCUUCCCCGCCAGUCAAGCCCCCAUCGCGCACACAAAACCGCUCCGGCAUGUCCCACCGCCAUACUCCCAGCGAUGAAUCUAUCGAGUAUGGAAGACAUGUACCACCUGGCCCAGCUUUCGGAGCGCCACCGCCGCCACCUCCCCCUCCUGUCGUCCCCGUUACCAUACCAAGAGUCGACUACUUGCUCCAAAACGGUGGUCUGGACAAUAAAGUUGCGCGAACCUUGCUUACUGGGCCACAUGCGAACGACCCAUUCGCCCAAUCAGCUACUCAACCCCAGCAAGUUGCUGCCAGACUAUUCGACCCAUAUAACCGACUACUUGAUGACUAUCAGAAGGUGAUGACCAAGAGUGGAUCUCUGGCUGUGGCAACAGGAUAUCGCUCAGUCGCGCGACGACUUCUGGAUCGUCUUGAGGCUGUGUUUGCACGAGACAUCUCGUCCGAGCCUUGCAGUUGCAUACUUUGUGGACGAAAUGAUGAAGAAGAACGCCCAUCCGGAGUAAGCUGGGGCGAAGUGUUAGAGCUGGUUUCUGGACGUCGAGAGCUACCCGUCUGGCCUCCAUUCGUCAUGGCACCAACUACCGUCGACUCUGGCGUGGCAGGGGAGGAGCAUGUUCCCAUGCAGAAGCUCGAUGUUGAUGUGCCAGAGGAGUAUCGCGAACAUUUCAUUCGCCAAUCUCGCAAAACAAAGGUUGCUGUAGACAAAUGGCUCUCGGAGCAGAAUGAUUCCGCCACCAGUGCUCCUGAAGAGGUUGAUGAUGAGACUUUGACUUUCGCCAUGUUGACCCAUCUCGAAUCAUUCCAACGUCCCCUGUUCUGUUCCCUUCUCGGCAUUACUUCUUCCACUCCUGUCCCCAAGUCCGACGAUGAAAAACCUCGACAAAAACCCUCCGCGCUGGCAUCUUCCUCUUCGGCAAUCCAAAGACUCUACCGCCUCUCAUCGCUCCCUCGCGACCCCGAAACAGCAAUGUUCAUGCUCAACAACCCUGGCUUGCACCACGUCCUAUCGACUCUGUCUGCUAUCAGCGACGACGAAUGGGAGAUCCUUAUAUCCGGCCGAUUUGAUGGCUUCCUCCGUAGCGGCGCUGAAGACGUGUCGUACUCCCCCAACCAACAGCGCUACAGUGGCAGCCGCUCCAACACCCCCUUCACCCCAGGAGGAAUUUCCAGAGGCCCAACCCCCAACUAUAUGGAUGGCAGCUUCCGACCCUCCAGUCAACCCAACGGCGGACCUUCAUCACCUGCAGCUCACGGCGGACCCAUCGCAUUAGAUGAAGAAACAGAAAUCGCCGCCCUGGCAGAGAUCGAGCGCGACAUUUUCCUCGGCAUGGAAGCACUGGAGGAUGCAUUUGAAGCCUUACAUCUCAAAGCCGAGGUUGUCCGACGCGCAAUCCGAGAACGUGGUGCAGGAUUAUCAGUCGCCAACCAAGGCCGACGCGGCUCAUUCGUCGAAGCGCGCAUGGGCACUCCCUUCUCCGCCGUCGGCGGCUGGGAAAGCGGAGAAGACGAAUUCCUCGAUGACGACCGCUCUCUCGCCCCAGACGACUCAGCCAGUAACAUCAGUUCCAACCGCCGUCGUCGACCAAAGAGACGUACCGAGCGACGCACACCUGCUCCAGUUGAGGAAGAAGAUGAAGAAGAGGAUACACAUGCCAGCCGGCGCGAUCGCAACUCUCGUCGCCGUUAA